AUGGCAGAGAGAAAUACUAAUUCCGGCAAAGAAAUUGUGUUGAAAGUACUAAUGCAUUGUGAAGGAUGCCAAAGUAAGGUUUCCAAUUGCCUGAGAGGUUUAGAAGGGAAAAAAGGCAGACCCGUUAAGGUUUUGGAGAGAGUACAAAAGAAGUGUAGUAGAAAUGCUGAGCUCAUAUCUCCAAAACCAAAACCAGAAAACAGAGACAAGAAGGAGCCAGAAAAGAAAGAAUCGGCUCAGCCUCAGGUGAAAGUUGUGGUGCUCAAAAUGUUGUUGCAUUGCCAAGGCUGUGCAAAUGAUGUUAAGAAAUACUUGGAGAGAAUGAAAGGUGUUCUAAAUGUAGAAGCAAAUAUGGCGAGCUCAAGGGUGACAGUGAGGGGAGUAGUUGAUCCCCCAAAGCUGAUAGAAUACAUCAAGAAAAAAUUAGGGAAGCAUUCUGAGAUUGUGAAGCAAGAACAAGGUGGAGGAGGGGAUAAAGGGCAAGGCAAAGACAAUAAGAAAGGCCCAGAAGCAGGGGGAUAUAUAUUCCAAUACCCUCCUCAAUAUUCAACUCAACAUAUUUACCCUAAUCAAGCAUUUAGUGAUGAUAACCCUUUUGCAUGUUCCAUAAUGUAA